AUGGAGGAUGACUUUCCCACAGUGGAUUAAAAGUUAUUUUGGGUUACCACAUUCAGGUCAUGAGCCAAACAGGCCAAUCCACGUGAAUGAAGACUAAAGCCAAAAAAAAAGGAAAGAAAAGAAAAGGAAGUAUAGGUUGGCCUUCAUGUUGGGAUAUUAGAUUUGAGGUAAACAGGCUCUGUGGGAAAUACAGCAAACCAUGUACAAAUCAUACAAGGAGAAAAUAUCACUGGAACAUAGAUAAUGGGUGUAAUCUUGCACUUUAUUUGUAACAGUUCUUAAAUAAAUAGUUUGGACAAAAUUAAAAUUACAGUUAUUCCUGCUCAAAAAAAAAAUCUCUAAAGGUAUUGGAUCAAAUUUGGUUUUCAUCAAAUUCUUUAAGGUUUUCAUUACAGAUAUUCUGGUUCCUAUUAAAUAUCACCAGAACCCAGUAGGAUCUUCUUUCAUGGAUGAUGAUUACCAUCAGAAUGGAAUUAGUUAAGCUAUUAGAAACCUUUAGAAACAACAGAUUCCACUAAACUACCAUUAUGGACCACCAGAAACACAUUAAAACACUCUAAUGGAUCUCUAAUGGAUUCUAAUGAUUUUCUUCCAGCAGGGAAGAAGCUAGUUAGCUAUCUAUGUGCUAACAUACAUACAGUAAAAUACAGUACAGUAGCAGCAAGUCAGCGAAUACUGACCAAAAUUACAAUUCUGAUACAAUUCUCCAAAUUUCUUUGGACUUCAAGGCAAUUUAAGUUUCAGACAUACAGGGUUAGACUGUCAUCUUGUCUUUUUAUAAUAGCAGAGAAUAAGCAGACAAGAGGAGGGGAGUUUCAGGGUCAUGCAUAAGUACAAGUGUAGAUAUGUUCCAUUAGUGGUUUUCAUGGGUAUUGAAAACAGAAGAAACCGUUUAUUAUUCAACAUAUAUUAUUUGAAUGGUUUAACAUGACAUGGUCACAAGUAUUUAGAUAGAGAGGGUGGAUUUGGAUGAGUGCAAAACAACACAUUCUGAGCAUACAGUACAGAGAAUACAGUGACAGAAACAACUCCAAUCAAAUAAGACUGAUGAGAUGUUGGAUUUUAUUAGCGUACUAGUGGCAGUUCUAGCAUGCCUGUGCUGAAAUAGCUGUAAUGUCUGCUCAGUUUCGUCAGGGUAUAUCACUGAUUGAAAUAGGUUGACCACCACGUAAGAUCAGAGGGAUACCUUGAGGAGAACUCACAAGCACUCACAAGCUGGAUACUUCUUUCCUAGGAUGGCUCACAUGAAGAGGUUUGCAGCAAUUCCUAUGUCUAAGAGUAUGAGAGACAUGUGCAAAGAAGAGGACUAUGCUUUCCUAAACAACCAGGAAAGUGGGGAACUAGACAAGACUUCGAAGGAGAGCACAUUUCAGGAGAGCGAGUGGCAGCAGAAACAAGAAGAAAGGCUCCGCCGGAGGUUAGACCGAGAGCAGCAGGAGCAGGAGAGGCAGUGUGAGCUGGAGAAGCAGAGGAGGGAGAAGGAGGAGCAAUGGAAAAGCCAUGUGGCAGGCCUAGCAUCUGAGCGUGAGUCUCUCCGCGGCAGAUUACACAGGCUACGUGAAUUCAGGGACUUUCAGAAGAGAGUGCUGAUGCAGGAUCUUGGACUGGAGCCUGGUACAGCCAGUGAGAAACUCACCCACCUUCUUAUGAGACUGUAACAAACUGUUAUUCCAUGGAACCUCAGACUGAUAUGCAUGACUAGCGUGAAAGAAAGAGAAAGACAGAAAGAGGGCCCCAACAGUGCAGGUCUAGCAUUAAAUAAAGGAGAUUCUCAGGAGUCAUGUUGCAGCGUGUCUGGCCCCUGAGGGCAGGAAAAUGCCAGACUCAAGUGUCUCUCUCUUUCUUUCUUUUUCUGUGAUACAUACAAGAGAGCACCUAAAGAGAGCACCUAAAUUCACAUCAAACACUAUUCUAUUCUAUCUUAAUAAUGACUGAUAUAAUCAACUAAAAAAAAAACCAAUCUAAGUAUUAUUUCGAAUCAGUGUGUUGCUGACAGCCUAGUGUUGCUGUAUUGCUGAAAAAGAUUAAGACAUAAUUGCCAUAACUGCUUAGGCUACAUUAUCAUACAAACCACCUUGCAAUAUCCACCCGCUCUUCUUUUUUUUAAUAUUACACAAGCUUUUCCAGGCACACUCUCCCAAUCGUCCAUCUAGGGUAGGAAAAAUGCUUCCUCCACAAUUGCACAAAUAGAUGGAGAUCUAGCAGAGGAAAUAAUGAGGAAAAUAAUGUACAAAUCAGGCUUGUGGAAUUAACUAAGGAAUGUGCUAUGGGCAGGGCUUACCUGUGCAUAUGUGCCCACACAUACAAAAUGGAGGCAUUUGGAAAUGUACACACACAAAAUGGAAGAAUUCUGAGGUGUAGCCAACACUUGAAACCAUGUGAAACCUAAGUAUGUACCAUCUUCAGUUAAAGAGGAGUUGCCCCAGAGGAAAUUCUGGGAAAAGGAUAUGAUUGUUACCCCUCUGUGCCUGGGCUGUGAAACUCCACAUGUAUACUUUACACUCUAGGCUUGUAAAAUGCCUCCAGCUCUGUGGUACACACAUCCUUAUGUAUUCUCAUUUAGUAGGAAGGCAGGACACAAUAAAAUGUGCAUCGUAAAUAAUUUAACCACAUAUGUAGACGAUGUAUUGGGGGCAGACAGUGUAUUGGGGGCAGUGGUGGCUCAAUGGUUAUGGCUCUGGGUUAAUGAUCAGAAGGUCAGGGGUUCAAGCCCUUACACCACCAAGCUGCCACUGCUGGGCCCUUGAGCAAGGCCCUCAACCCUCUCUACUCCAGGGGUGCUGUAUCAUGGCUGACCCUGUGCUCUGACCCCAACUUCCUAACAAGCUGGGAUAUAUGAAGAAAAGAAUUUCAUAUAUAUAUA